AUGUCGCUCGCUGCAUCAACACAUCGUCCAUCGUCCCGCGAAAGACCGAGCCAUGCCCGCUUCCUCCACCAACCGCCCAACCCGAUGCGCUUGCGCACACCCAAUGCGACGCUGAGCGAUGAAGCAAUGUCCAACGGCUCCAACGCGAACAACCUGGGGGAGGGGGCCGACACCACCGCCGAAGAGGACCCCAGGGCAGCACGAUGGCACGACCAAUACUUGCGCACCGAAGCGCGCCUGAGUGCGUUGCUUGGAGGCGCACGCGGCGAUGAUCUUCUUGAUGCGCUGGACAAUGGGCCAAAGCCGUCGUCCGAUGAUGCUCCGGCGGCGCAUGACGCGCUCCCGACCGUUACACCUAAGAAGGCCGCCCGCGCAAUUGACGAAGACGACUACGGCGACGAUGACGAUGACGAAGAAGAGGAUGAUACACGCACUUCGCCGCUGCUCUCGAGAAGCGCCCCUAAUGGCAUUGCUGCCACCGCCCUUGGCACGCCAAGCAUUCGCAAACCAUCAGUACCAAAUCGAAUGGGCACCGAACGGACGAGCACUCCAUCGUCAGAGCAGACAAAGACCUCCGACGAUGUGCGCAAGAAGCUGCAGCAGGUCAAGAAGGCAGCCGAGGAUGCUGCGAAGCGGAGUUUCAACACGCUGUUCUACACAUUGGAGAGCGAUCAAACAUCGGGACCGUCCAACAACGCUCCCACCAGCGGCGCCGUUGCUGCCCCUCAACAAGGCACCCUGAGCACCACAAACCUCGGCGCAUCGAGUCUGACCCUCAAACACCUCAUAUCUCGAAUCGAUGCCCAACGCGACAGGGUACAUGCGACGGAUGCCCAGCUGAGAAGUUUGAUAAGCGAAGUGCGGAAGAACAGGAGUAAAUGGGCCAACGAAGACCGCGUCGGCCAGGAAGAGCUAUACGAGAGCGUUGAGAAGGUACUUAUGGAGCUCAAAGCCGGCGAACACGCGCACCCCUUCCUGCAACGCGUCAACAAGCGUGAAGCGCCGGACUACUACAACGUCAUCAAGCAACCAAUGGACAUUGGCACCAUGAUGAAGAAGCUCAAGCAGCUACAAUACAAGUCGAAGAAGGAGUUUGUGGAUGACCUCAUGCUAAUCUUGGUCCAACUAGGGAAACCGAGAAACUUGUGGCCACUCAUUCCGGAUAUCACCAUUCGUGACCGCGCUGAAGUUGAGGCUGAGGAGCGAAGGAUGCGCAAUGGGGACGUUGACGCGGAUGGCGCUGAAGACAGCGAAGAUGAAGAGCCUAUCAUGGCUUCGCGUGGCCGGAAGGCACCAAGUAAAGGUGGUAAGGGAUCUAGCAACGCCAGGAAGGCACCGCCAGCUGGUCUGGAAGGUACACCUGGCCCUGAGACCAAGCCCUCCGUGCCAUCGUUAAACAGCGCGGUCUCCAAUUUGAAGAACGAAAUUUCUGCGUGCAGACUCCGAGAUGGAGGAAAUGGCGUGCAUGGCAGUCAAGCGGACCUUUCGGAAAUAGAUGGCACAAGUGCUUCUGUGAACGGAUUCGCGCUAGAAGAAGAGGCUGAUCUUGACGACCUGGAAUACAAAACAUGGAAGCAGGUCACCAAGAAAGAUCGAGCGACGAUUGCAGCCGAGAGACAUCGCUUGUUUCGCGAUGACAAACUUCAGCCAGAAGAACCUUGCUAUCCUACGAACGAAAGCGGGGAUGCGCCGCUGGCUUGCGACACCACGGCAAGGAUGGUGUUCCAAGCAACGGCCAAGGAAUCCCUCGCGGAAGGAAUCGAAGGCGAAGACGAGCGUCAAAUACCGGAUUAUUACGAUGCCGUUUGUACCAUACCGGAUCUUAAUGAGCGGCUACAGUGGGUAAAAGAUGCAGAUGGUCAAGUAGUGCAGCAGUUCGAGGAGUACAUGCGGAUAUUUCCUCAAGGCCAGUUCACUGCCCCAGACAGUGGACUGGCGAAGAAGAUGCAGGCGAACAUGCAAUCACUGCAAGACACCCGGAAGAUUUGCGCUAAGAUCGGAAUCGUCAAGCAGAUGCAGCUUCAGUCGCAGCUGUAUCAAAAUCAGUUCCAGCGCUAUGAGCCACAGCCAUUCAUGGAGACAGACAUUGAUCCCAUGGUCGUAUCCGAGGAGGGCGCUCUGAUGGCACCUAUGGUUUGCCGUGCUGCUCUUCAGCGCAGCGUUGGCAAGAUCUUCUAUCACGCGGGUUUCGAGGAGUUCCAACCUUCUGCCCUCGACGCAGUGACCGACAUUGCGGCAAAGUUCUUCCAGAAUCUGGUCGCCAGUCUAGGGAUCUACCGAGAGACGCCAAAGAUGAAGUCUGACGUUCCCAUUACACUACCAAGUGGAAAGAUGACCAACUGGGCACCUCGCUUUACUCAAGAAGAGGCAGUCUUACAUGCUCUCCAUGCAAACGGCGUGGAUCUAGAGACCUUGGAGACAUAUGUCAAGGACGAUGUCGAACGAUUGGGCACCAAACUAUCGGGCAUGCACGACCGCAUGCGAUCUUACUAUGCUGAGCUGCUACGUCCGGCCCUUGACAACGCUGGCCAAGAUGGAGCUGGCGCGUUCAACGACGGCAGCGAGCAAUUUGUCGGAGGUGACUUUGCCGAAGACAUUGGAGAAGACUUCUUCGGCUUCAAGGAGCUCGGUCUGGACAGAGAAUUUGGUCUCACCUUCAGUGUGCCUUUGCACUUGUUACAAAACAGGGUGCACAGUGCCUAUGCAAGGCAAGACAACAAGUACGUAUCCCUUUUCAUUGACACCCGUGUAAAUGCUAAUUUCUUCAGUAAUGCCUCUACCGCGGGCGUCGUCAUGCCUGAGCCACCGAAGUUCGAGCCUGUCACCAUUGAGAGCGUUGAAAGCCAAAUUGGUCUUAUUCAGAGCUGGCUUUUCAGCAAGCUACACGCGAAUGAUAGUCAGCCUCUGGUUGAAGAUGAUGAUCUACCACUGAAACAACGCUUCCCUAAGCCCCGUCUGCCUCCUACAGGCAAGAUCUCCAGUCCACGCAAACGUCCAUUGAGGGAACAACAGCAGAUGGCCCGCAAGAAGCGCAAGCUGGAAGAAGAGAAGGGCGACACCGGCCAUGACGGUAAUCUCGUCAGAGGCAUAGGCAAGCCAAUUGGCAAGCUAAAACUUGAACCUUCACAGAAAGAGAACUCAAAUAUGCUGGAUCCAGAGAAGGAUGAUGCCAGCGCGCACGGCAUGCCGAGCCCACCCGAAUCGUUCUAG